UAUAGUCUUCACUGUCAUUUACACAAAUUUUUUUACCGCCGCCGCCACAUUCAACAUUUUAUUUUUAAAAAAACCAUACAAAAAACUUUAUUUUUUACAAUAGCUUUUCUUUUUUAACAUAAAACCCUAUAAAAAUAAAAAAAUUAAUUCUUAUCUGGAAAAAUUAGAGGAAAAACAUUAUCUGUAUAUGUAUCGACGAAUGGCGCAAUAGAAAAACAAUCGGGAAAAAAACCGAUUGGCUUGUUUUUUCCCCUUUGGAUCCAACUCGAUCUCCACUGUCUACGCAGUUCCAUCCUUUUAUACCCUUUUCUCUUGAUUUUAUUUUACAUUUUUUAUUUGCACUCUUUUUUUGGCAUGUCAUUUUUUGUCUCUCAAUUUCAAAUUGCAGAAGCACCAAUAAGCGUAUUCAUACUAUGCCACGGUCUUCUUGACACCAAACACGCGCCACUCUUUCAACACCUGCAAAAAACAUUACCAUUCGCCACCGUGUCUUUUGAUUUUCGCGGCAACGGCCACAGCACAGGCACCACAAGUUACGGAAACUACCACGAAGAAGCCAACGAUAUCAAGCAGGUCAUCGAGUACGUGAACAGCGAGCAAAUGCGAAUACAUACAGGAAAAUGUCACUUUGUCGGGUGGUCGGUAUUCUGGGCCAUUCCAAGGGGCAUCCAGUGUGUAUUUGUUUGCCCAUACGUGCCCACUCUGUGUCCACAGAUGAUCGUGGGGGUGUCGCCCCGGUUCUGGUUAGCACGUGAAACGCCCAAUCGCUGGAAACCACACCAAGUAGGUGAUUUGCAAACAAAAGGAAUGUUUCUCUGGCGCACAUAUGGCAAUGCAAGCAACCAAACCCAAGACGAUACAAUGCAUGGUAGUGAACUUAAUGGAGGAAAUGUGCCCAGGCGCGAAUAUUGGGUAAAAUCGGAGCAUUUGGACCAAAGAUGCAGUACGCGUAUGGAUAUUGUGAAGGAUCUGCCUUUUGAAAAAUGCGCUGUGCUAAAUAUCAGCGGUGCUUGCGAUAAAGUUGUGCCGGAGGAGGAUCUCUGGGAAUACGAUCGCUUGAUGCGCAUGGGGGCUUUGGAUACGCGUAAGGUCACUACUAGAGUGGUUCCUGGGGCUUCGCAUUUUUGGAACAAUAAGGAUGAGCUUUUUGCGAUUGAAGAGGUUAUUUCAUCGUGGUUGGACUCUGGUGGUAGCGCCUUAUGCGGGGGGAGGGGGAGUUAUCCUGACCUACUUUAAAUAAAUAAAAAUGUUUUGUUUAAACUCUUUGAUAUUGAUACUAAUAUAUAAACAAUAAAUACAAA